UCGCAACCGGUGUGAACAUUCUCACUGAAAAUACACCGAGGCGAUUGCAAGUCCAUCGCGGCAUCGCCUGCAUAGCGCAGCCUCGCUCCCGGUUGUGAAUGCGCUGAAGACGGGAGACUGCACGAACGCCUCCCCGUUCGAAUGUAAACACUGGAGGCUGACAAGAGGCAACUCGAGGCCUUGGGACUAAAAACCCUAUGGUAGAAGAUCUUGGGUGUAUAGACUAUAGAAGAAAGAAAAGGAAACACACACCUAGUUAUAUACCACAACAUUUGCAGUGAGGCAACGGAUUUGAAUAAAGGAUUUGGUUUUUAAAAAAUGGAUGCUGAGGAAUCAUUCAAGGUGGAAUGUAGCGAUGAAGAAGUACAGAAGGAAUUAACGAAUGGAGUUUUUGUUGAACCAAGCGCCACAGAAAUUGUACGCUUAUAUGAAGCCUUAGCCAAGGAUGGGUCAUUACCCAUAAAAUGGAACUGGGAACUAGGGAGACGGCCGCUUACUCCCUCACAAGAUGAUUCUGAAAGUGACAGAGAAGAGGAGGCAGAAAAAAUUGACACUUCUGGAUUUGAUUUUGAUGAUGAACCAGCAACAGUACGUCUAACUCCUCGACGCACGCCUGGUAGUGUUGGCCCAAAAGGCAGUGCCAAGAAAAAGACAACCAAUUUUGAAAAUGUGUUAGCCAGUGUGAGAAGACAGAAGAAACUUGAACUUAGGGAGAAAACAAGGUUCAGAAAAGAGAAGAAAUAGAAAUAACAAAAAGUUAUUUUAUUAUAAUUUUUUUUUUUACUCAAACCUUUGAUAAGUUAAAAAGUAAAAAAGAAAAAAAAAAAGUUAACAUCAGUAUGGCAAAUGUGUUGAUGUACUGAUAUUCAAAAUGCAAAUUAAAGACUGUGGUUGAAAGUAUCUCCUGAAAAAUUUGAAAGUGGUAUGGAUGGUGAAUGCUUAUGGAAGUACUUGGUAAUUUUUUAAUGUAAUUACAGAUUUUGUAAUUUGAUUCCAUGAACAGGUAAUCUUAUUUUGUGUACCUAUGACUUAUAAUAUAAAAAAAGGUAAUAAAACAUUUCAUGUCAGUGAAGUUUAUUUAUUUAGGCUAUUACAUUUAGGGAAAUACCCCACUAACCCCUUGGUGUCAUGGGGGGGCUUAGGAGAUGGAGACUGGGGCCCAAUGUAGGGGAUCACCCCUACCUUGGACCUCAGCCCUCACCUCAACUAAUUUUGCAGUCUUUUCUUCUUCCCCUUUCUUUUCCUUCUGUUCUUCAUCAUUCCUUCUUCUGUCCAUUUCCUGAGAUAUAAGAGCUGUGCUGAAAGGAUGAAAGGCUGGAUUUGUGUCAAUUAUGAACAGCCUCUGGGAGCCAUGGGCACAGUAUUUCCUUGUUUAGUUAUCUAGCCCUUACCCCUCAUGGGGACCCUAACAGGUAGACCAUAUCAUCUCCCCAUUUAUUUUAGGCUCACCAUGACCAGUAAUGAGAUUUGACCCAGUCAAAUUCCUUUUCCAAUAUAAAUCCUGAUACUCCAAUCUCUACCACUUCCCUGGUGCCUAUCCCUCCCCUCCUUCUUCUCACUCUACCUGUUGCAUCAGACAAUCUAAAUGUUGCACUCAGUCUUCUACACCCACCUCUCCUUCUGCUCCUCAGACAUCCAUUCCCUCUUCUCCUAGGAAGAGAACUUCAGUUUCUCAGACCUCCCCACCCAACUCCCCUCCAGAAAUGCUUGAACACAUCCAAAAGUUUAUAAACAUGACUCAAGAGAAUGAUCCACUCCCUCAUCCACCCUAUAAUCCCUUCAUUUGCUCUACAUUGAAAGCAUCUGCCGAUUUCCAUUCUCCUCCUCAAGUUCCCCCUACCCCUCUUCCUCCCACUCACCCAAAAAACACCCUAUCCUCUCUUCCAUGUGCAGCACCAUUCCCUCUUCCUUCCCCAUUAUCCUUGACACCCUCACUUAAAUACUCACAUAACUCCCUUAUGUCACAACAACAUUCAUCUGUAGAUCCCCUCCCCUCCUGUCAUUCUUCCCGAUACUUCACCACCUUCCGUUUCCCUUAUUUCAUUCUCAGAAUUUUUCUCCUACAUCUAUCGUUUCUUACUGUAUUACACUUUGUUUCAUAAUAGCUCUUUUGUAGGUUUGUGUUAAUCUCCCUUUCUCAGACACACUCUCCAUUUGAUGUGAUCACCCUAUACCUUUAAUAAAAUCCCCAGUGUAUUCCAUUUACUACCCCUCUAUACCCUUUUCACUAACAUUCUACCCUAAAAUGUUCUACAACCUUAGACAUCUAACACAUCUUAUCCUGAUCAUUAACUCAUUUCCACCCUUUUUGCCACAAUACUUUUUGGCCUUUGAUGUCUAGCACAUUUAUGUCUUCUAACCAUUUAAACAUUAACCAUUUUAGGGAAAUGAAAGCAAAAGAAAGUCUGUUUUGAAGUGUCAAAUAUUUUAUUUAGAGAAAAAUUAAAUUUUUAUAAAAAGGAAAGAUUGGCCUAAGGACCUAUCAUUUCUUACACUUCACACAUGAUUUUCUUUUUAUAAUUUCCAGUAUUUUUUGUCAUCUACAAUACACUGAAAUUUAUGUAAGUUUUCAAGUAAUUAACAUUAAUAUGCACAAUUUUCCUUAGUUUUAAAAUGGCUGUUAAGUUUCAUGACCAGGGACAAAUUUUCAAACAAGCAGUAAAUGACAAUAUAUGAAAUUCAAUAGUAUAAAACAGUGGUUCCCAACCAUUGAGUUAUUACCCACAAGGGGGACACAAAGGGUUAGCAAGGGGGUCACAUUGCCUUGGGGGGAAAAAAAUAUUGUUGGCCAAUUUGCUAGGUAUUUGUCGGUUUCCAUGUCUUCAUGAAAAAAAGUAAAUAUAAUUUGUAUUUAUUGCUGAAUAUUAUAUAGUUUAGUUGGAAAAUCAUAAAAUGGAACAGCUGAUGUAGGGUAUGGGGGUCAAAUGUAUAUUGGAGGUUUGAAAAAGGGGUUACAAGUGUCCAAAGGAUGCAAACCACUGGUUUGAGAGGAAUUUACUAUAGGAUUGAUAUCAUAGAUAUAUCAUCACUUACUAUGCUUACAUUUGUAUACUGUCAUCAUAAUGAAGAGCUUAAGAGAAAAUAAAUCAUUAAAAACAUAUGUGGACAUCUUGGGGAAGACACUGAUUGCCAGUUGUAUCUCAGCUCUGAUGGCUACCAGUGAUGAAUGUUGAAAGAAAUUCUGGUAACUGAGAAGUUUUGUUUUUCAAAUAUCUCAGUAUAUGUAGCUGUAAAAUUCUUAUCUUCACAGUGCUAGAGAUGUAUUUGACCAAUUUCAAAAAUGGUCAAAUGCAUCUAUGUGAAUGUAUUCCAUCUCUCUUAUCUCUUUUCCUACAUUUUACAUAAAAUUUAUAUGCAAAUAUUUUUGAAGUUUUAAUUAUAUAGAUGGUGAAAGAAGCACUAUCAUUGCAAAAUGGUGCAUUAUGUAUAUUUACCAUCUACCGAUAAUAAUUUCUGAGUUGAGGAAAAUAUCACUUGUAAAAUCAGUAAGCACCACCAUCAACUUUCCAAAACGAUCUUUUUGAGUAAGAAUUCCUCAACAUGAAAGGAGAAAAAAAGUUUACAAUAAAACUAUAUUUAUUAAUUCAAAAUGCAAAUAUUAUUUACAUGAUAAUUUCCCUAUUACUAGUUGCAUUGAUAUCUGUAUAUUUGUUAUCUGUCCUUAAAUGCCUAUCAAAAAACAUGCACCGGGUAUAAACUACACAUCAAAACUUGACAGAAAGAUUCAACUUUAAAAAUUAUUUGCCAGAAAAAGGUAAAUGAAUAGAAGACUAAGUAAUUCAAAAUCUAAA